AUGUUCGCAGACACGACGAGAGCUGACACGCGCGACUUCAAACAACAGAAGAUGAUCCGCCGGAAGAAGAACGUCAAGAAGGGCAUCCAGUUCUGCUUGAUGGUCUGUGGCGCUUCGGGUACCGGCCGGACCACCUUCGUCAACACACUUUGCAACAAGACCGUGCUCGGUCACAAGGAGUCCGAUGACCCAGCCAACGCUCAUGUCGAGGAGGGCGUAAAGAUCAAGCCUAUUACCGUUGAGCUAGAGUUGGAUGAGGAGGGCACGCGCAUCUCCCUCACCAUCGUUGACACACCGGGUUUCGGAGACCAGGUAGACAACGAGGCCAGCUUCUCAGAGAUUGUCGGCUACUUGGAGCGGCAAUACGAUGAUAUCCUUGCGGAGGAGUCGCGUAUCAAGCGUAACCCCCGUUUUAGAGACAAUCGUAUUCACGCCAUGCUCUACUUCAUCACGCCCACAGGCCACGGUCUUCGCGAGUUGGAUAUUGAGCUGAUGAAGCGCCUGGCGCCCCGAGUUAAUGUCAUCCCUGUUAUUGGCCGAGCAGACUCCCUGACGCCCGCUGAGCUCGCAGAGUCCAAGAAGCUCAUCAUGGAGGACAUUGAGCACUACCGAAUCCCGGUCUACAACUUCCCCUACGAUAUCGAGGAGGACGAUGAAGACACGGUCGAGGAGAACGCUGAACUCAGAGGCCUGAUGCCUUUUGCCAUCGUCGGAUCAGAGGACGAGGUCACUAUUGAUGGCCGCCAGGUCCGCGCUCGUCAGUAUCCGUGGGGCAUUGUGGAGGUCGACAACCCGCGCCACUCGGAUUUCCUAGCCAUUCGUUCGGCCCUGCUGCACAGCCAUCUUGCUGAUCUCAAGGAAAUCACACACGAUUUCCUGUACGAGAACUACCGUACUGAGAAGCUCAGCAAGAGCGUCGAGGGAGGUGCUGGAGUCGAUUCGUCGAUGAACCCCGAAGACCUUGCGUCGCAGUCUGUGCGCCUGAAGGAAGAGCAACUCCGCCGGGAGGAGGAGAAGCUCCGCGAAAUCGAAGUCAAGGUGCAGCGCGAGAUCAACGAGAAGCGCCAGGAACUCUUGGCCCGCGAGUCUCAGCUCCGCGAGAUCGAGGCACGAAUGCAGCGCGAAGCCGCAGCCGUGGCCGCCCAACACCCGGGUGGCAACCACGCCGAAGCCAACGGCGACCAGGAUGGGAACUGA